AGUGAUAAUCCAUCGAAACCAACGCCCAUUACGUUACGUACAUGGAUCGAGUCGAGGUCAGCAUGCAACAUCCAGCAUACUAAGGCGGUGCGGUUGUGCUGAGGAAACUGCUUGUGUAACAGCUGUAUCAGACAGCACCGACAGCAACCAGUUGCGCCAGCACCGUGCCCUAUUGAAAUGUUGAGUUCGCAGAGGAGGCAGUACAUACUGUGGCCUGUCAGCCCGACAAGGGCCGAGAAGUAGUGGAUAUUCAGACACAGUUUGUAAGCAGGGUUUAUGUGCGUAUGUUUUGCCGUAGUUGUAGCCAUAUCUUGGAGGAAUGAAAGGCGUAUGUUCGGCUCUUAAAAUGGGAUUAUUUCUGCAAACUGUUGGGUCUGCCAUACCCACCGAGUCCGCAGCAGACGAGAGCCUACUGCACUGUGAAGGUGUUAACAACCAGAGCUACAUCUGUGAGUCGGGACACUGCUGUGGGGAGUCACAGUGCUGCACUUACUACUAUGAACUCUGGUGGUUUUGGUUGGUGUGGACCAUCAUCUUAAUUUUGAGCUGCUGCUGUGUGUGCCACCAUCGCCGCACGAAACACCGGCUGCAGCAGCAACAACGGCAGCACGAGAUCAACCUUAUCGCUUACCGUGAAGCACACAACUACUCAUCUGUGCCCUUCUACUUCAGGUUUCUGCCAAACUACCUCCUGCCUGAUUAUGAAGAGGUGGUCAACAGGCCACCGACCCCGCCUCCUCCCUACAGUGCCUUACACAUAGGCCCAUCUUCAGUGGCCUCUAGUCCGCUGGCCUCUGAGCAGCAGGAGGGACACUGUUCACCCAUCCAGCCCACUCCAGUGCCCCCAGUCUCUGAUAGCGUGUGUUGUAGACCCAGUAUAGAGGAGCCACAACCUCCCACUUUAGACUUUAGGCCAAAGCCUGACAACAAGCCUGUGCAGACAGUACAAGAUUCAGGCAUGAUACUGCUUUCAGAUGGGCUCAGUAGGGAGGGACUCACCAGCCAGGAGAAAAGAAGCCAAAUUGAGGACGACUCCUGCAAAGAUCCUCUGCUGAAAGAUCUGUCAGACGGAUGCACUGAGGACAAAGAUCGACUCCCCAAUGGAAGGAGGAGGCGAUUCACAGGGGACUCUGGGAUUGAGGUGUGUGUGUGUGGCACACGUGGAAGUAGCGGUUGUAGUGGAGCAGGAGGGACAGGUCAGGAAGGCACAGGGUUGAGGGAGCUAGAGAGUCUGCUAGGGUGUGAGGGAGAGGCUGGGGAGGAGGUGGUUGACUUCUGCGAAAGCUGUGGUCAUCGAGCCUCCUUUAGCAUGGAAGAGGAGCAGGCACUGGGCGGGCUGGAAGGUCAAGCAGCCUGUGGGCCAUCAGGACCUCCUCAGCCAGCUCAGCAGAUAGGCAGCGGCUUGCUCCACCCUCCUGUGUGCCUCCUUCUCCACACCAUCACCGAGCAGGAAGGACCGCACCACAGCACCAGCACUGAGCCGCAGGGCUGAAACACAAUUACCACACUUUUGCAAUAGAGGUAAUGAGAGCACUUGAGACAGGACAUGGAGGCUUUUGUAUAUCAGGAAGUGUUUUAUUCUAAAUGUUUUCUAAGUAUUCUUAUGAAUGUGUGCAUUUUAGAUAAAACUGGUGUGGGUGCAGGAAGUGGAAUCUCGACUAAAAAUGAUUGUGAUCCACAGGUUGUGAAAGUUUGCUCCUCCACGUGCUGGAACAGUGGCCUUAAUCUGUGUAUUUUGGGUUAUAUGUGGGCAGUACCAGUCCGUUAAUAGCGUGUGACAGAUUUCUCACACUGCACACACAAUCUUUUUAAUGUCCUUCUCAUACAAUGGAAGCUACUGACGCAUUCAAAAACUUGUUAGCUGAAGCUGUGCUGUCAGAACAGGCCGUUCACUGCCUAGGAUGAUCGCAGCUCUUCUCACUGGGUGCUCGCAUCAGUUCUGCAAAGCCAUUCUUUGCAGGCAGAAAACCUACAUUGUAAAAACACACAGCAGGAACAUUUUUGCAUGAGUGCAAUGUGGAAUUAAUGACAGCGUGUGUUUUUGCAAGCUGAUGCCAUACAGGGACACCAGAACAAGACUGUAUAAGAUGUCCCAUUAGACUCGUGCUUCUAAAGUGCUUUUUCCGCUCUGCCUUGUCUGUGUUUGUGCUCUCUAUCUGCCCCACCAGUGAUAGAGGACUAUACUGUAAGUGCAUUAACAAAUCUCCAUGUGAGCAGUUCUUAUUUUGCACAAAAUUCAUCUUUGUAAAUGAAGCUUUUAGCUACACAAUCAAAACUUAAAAUGCUUUUAUAAUUCCAGUCUUAAAUUGCAGUACAUUGGUGUCUUACAGUUUUGUUGCAGCAUCUGUAAGAAACAGACCUCUGAGUUAAUAGGGAAUGUAACAGAUUCAAUUUGUAUACACUUUUUAAUCUUAAUUUAAUGCAGGUUUGUAGAAGGUGCCUUCCCAAAAAAUGCAGAAUUGUGAUUAACAAUGAUAAGAUUCAGUGAAACUGAGAAACUAUCAGAAAGCAGGUACCCACACCAAGAUAAGAUUAAGCUGCACAGAGAUUACAACUGAAAUGGGCAACUUCAGACUUUACAUGCUCAUGUCAGUCACUUCAGUAGAUUAACACCUUCACCAGCUGUACAGCAUAAAAAACAUAUACUGUUUAUAAUAGAUUUUGUAUAAACAUGGUUCUUACCAUUGUU